AUAACGCGAUGCCGACUUCGAUGAAUAGCUACUCUUUCGUCUUGCUCCUACGCUUUUAAAUAGUUUUGACAUAUGGAAUCRAAUACAGAAGAAAMGUUAUUGCUUUCCCAGAAGCGCAAGAGGACUUUGGAUCAUCAAGAUUGCAGGGUGUGUGGCGACCAAUCAACUGGUAAGCAUUAUGGCGUAUAUUCAUGCGAUGGAUGUAGCGGAUUUUUUAAGAGGACUUCGCGCCGACCAGAUCCCUGGGUAUGUAAAAGCCGUGGUACCUGCGAUGUGGAUAAAAACAGCAGGAAUGAAUGCAAAGCUUGCAGACUCAAUAAGUGUAUCGAAGCUGGAAUGAGUAUGGAGGGAUUGCUCAGACGCUCGAGAACAUCUUCGAGUAUGCAACUAGGAGAUAACUCAUCAUCAAGCACACAUGCAGAUGUAGAUGAAUCCGCCCAAGCAAAAURUGAAAAUGUGACGGAUAUAUCAAAGAGUUCAAAUGAGCUUUCAACUGCUAUUCAUAGACCUUUGACUGCUCUUAAUUCACCUUUAAAUUCAAACAACGUGGUUGUCAAGUCGGAGCUGGGUGACGUGGCCUUCGUGAGUACAACCAGUUCUUCAAGGGCAAUUUGUCAGAAACCAAGUAUACAUCAUCAACAGCGCACAUUUGUCACAAACAAGCUCAAUGACAACUUGUUUGGUAACUCAGACAACUGCCAGUUAUCAAACCCUAAAAACAGAAUGCUUACCAGUCCCGAGUUACCAGGAAACUCAGCGAUUAUGAAUGGAUCAGCCAAUAUGAAAUCUGGUAUCAAGUUAUGUUCAGUGCAAGACCUUCUUAAAGCUGUUGAGACUGUCAAUUUCCAAUCAGCAGAAAACAUCCAGGAUGCUGCCAUGAGGCUGAUGACAUCAUCUAUUCGUUUUGCUCGUAAUUUACCUUGUUUUGUUAAAAUUCCUUUCCGCGACCAAAUCAUACUUCUAGAAGAAAGCUGGAAAAAGCUAUUUGUUCUGGACGCUGCUUACUGGGCGCUACCACUUGAGAUUGCUUCCUUUUUGAAGGUGACAACGAGUUUGGAUGAUAUUUCUGGCAGAUAUAACAGUGAGAUUCGACUAAUGCAAGAACUACUGACGCAUUUGAGGUCAUUUAGCUACGACCUUACAGAGCUUGCGUGCCUUAAAGCCAUUAUUAUCUUUAGACCAGAAACUAAAGGUCUGAAAGACGCGGAAACAGUUGACAGGAUUCAAGAGGAUAUCCAACAACUUCUUUUAGAACACGUGUCUUCACUCCACCCAAACCGUCCUACACGAUUUGGUAAACUUUUACUUAGCUUGCUACCUGUUCAAAGUCUUGCAGAAAAACCCAUCGAAGAAUUCUUGUUUAAAGUAGCAAAUGACAAGGACAUUUUCGAGACUCUUUUAUCAAAGUUAAUUGAAACUUGAACGCGAUAAAAUGUUURGGACUAAAGGGAACCUUUUAUAUAUUAUAUAUAUUUCAAACAGACUCUGGUAUGUCCUGAAAAAUUAGACAGUGUCAAGUACAAUGAACUGAAAAAAACAUCCACCGUUAUAGUCUCAGUAAAUAAAUCCCUUUCUCAUCAUAAAAUCAAUAAUCUUCUUUCUCAAUAUGGCAAUCUUCUUGUAUAGACAUCGUGAAUACCAAAAGGAUAAAUGAAACCCUUUGASAAAAAUGUGUGUUUGGUUAUCUAGAAUAAAGACAAGUUGUCUGAUUA